UCAAAUAAAUGCCUAUGUUAUUGUUUAUAACAUUUUUUGAAUGUAUUUAUUUUAAAUCUUACUAUUUUUAUGUUUUUUUUUCUGUUUAGAUUCUUAUUUUAGUUUUAAUGUAUAUGUAUUAAAUUAUUAAGCCACAAUUUUUAAUUCAACAGAAAUCGUUAAAGAAUAUAACUAUGAAGCUGUAUUGUUUAAGCAAUGACCCGAACAAACCAUGUCAUAUACUCACAUUUAGAGAAAUAACCAUGAUGCUUGAUUGUGGCCUAUCAAUGCAGUCCCUUUUGAAUUUCUUGCCCCUGUCUUUUGUUCCAUCACAAAGAUUAUUAAAUUUGAAUGGGUAUAUGCCUCCUGAUGUCUCAGAUCCUGACUUAGAAGGGGAACUAAAAGAAAAUGGUGAAAGAAUUUUUGUUGAUUCACCUCCAGAAUUUUGCCCUCCUCUAGACAAACUGAUAGAUUUCUCUCAGGUUGAUGUAAUUUUAAUAUCAAAUUACUUAUGUAUGAUGGCGCUGCCAUUUAUAACAGAGGGCACUGGUUUUCAAGGCAGAGUCUAUGCUACAGAACCCACAUUACAUAUUGGGAGGCUGUUACUUGAAGAACUAGUUAUAUAUAUUGAGCAGUGUCCUAAGUCAUCUUUGGCCAUCCAGUGGAAGAAUUUUGUACACAAAUUUCCCUUUCCUUUGAAAGAGGCCUUUAUGCCUAAAUCUUGGAAGCAAAUUUACAAUAUGAACAGCCUUAAUGCCAGCUUAUCUAGGAUACACAUGGUGGGAUACAAUGAAAAAAUUGAUGUGUAUGGAGCUCUUCAAGUGCUUCCGGCAAGUUCAGGCUACUGUUUAGGUUCCGCCAAUUGGGUUAUAACUUCUGAUCAUGAAAAAAUUGUUUAUUUAAGCGGGUCUAGUACCUUAACUACCCAUCCAAGACCUGUGGAUUAUAAUUCACUUAAAAAUGCGGAUGUUUUUAUUAUGACUGAUUUGACGCAGACCCCAAUUAGCAAUCCUGAUUCUAUGUUGGGAGUACUUUGUGCAGUAGUUGGUUUAACGUUAAGAGGAGGUGGUAACGUCCUAAUCCCUUGCUACCCCACAGGAGUGGUUUAUGACUUAUUUGAGUGUCUCUCAGUAAAAAUGCAAGAAUUAGGAGUAUCUAAUUGUCCAAUGUUCUUUGUCUCCCCUGUUGCUGAUACUUCUUUAGCUUACUCUAAUAUUUUGGCUGAAUGGCUUAGUUCAGCUAAGCAAAAUAAAGUUUAUGUACCAGAUGAGCCUUUUCCACAUGCUGUCUUAGUCAAAAAUUCUAAACUUAAACAUUUUAAGCAUAUAUUCUCGGAGGGGUUUAGCACAGAUUUUCAAGAGCCUUGUGUGGUAUUUUGUGGGCAUCCAAGUCUAAGGUUCGGCGAUGUGGUGCAGUUUAUUGAACUAUGGGGAAACAAUCCUAGAAACUGUAUUGUCUUUACAGAACCAGACUACGACUACAUAGAGGCUCUCGCCCCUUACCAGCCCUUACAAAUGAAAAUAGCCCAUUGCGCCAUAGAUACGUCAUUAAAUUUCACACAGGCUAACAAACUAAUAAAGGAUCUGAAGCCGGCCACUUUGGUAGUGCCUGAAUGUUAUACCAAGCCGCCAGUAAAUGCUCCUAAUUUGACUGAGCUCGUCAUACACAGCAAUCCUGAUGUGAAUUUGAUUCCUUACAAGUGGGGCGAGAUAAUAAAUCUCCCAUUAAAAAGAAAACAGGGUCAAAUUUUUGUAGAUACCGACGUAGCUAAAAAAAUUGUUCCCGUCGAAGUAAAACCUGGAGUCAGUUUAUCCACUAUCACUGGUACUUUAAAUGUGAAGGAUAACAUUCAUAAUGUGCAGGAUAUAUCAGCAGAACAAAAACUACUUAAUAAAAACGUAAAAUACGAGUGGGGUUCGGUCAGUAUUAACGAAUUCAAACAAAAAUUGUUCCAAGAAGGAAUUACCGAUGCGAAAGUUGAAUCGUUGGGAGGAAAUGUAGUAGUGAUACAUUUGCAAGACGAAGACGCCCUAAUUCAAUUAGAAGAUAACAACACUCACGUAGUAUGCAAUGGAGAUGAAGUUCUCAGGACUAAGUUAAGGAAUAUUGUAAUGCAAUGUUUAAAAUCGUUUUAGGGUAAUAUAUUAUUUAUUUUUUUUAA